UUUCUCCUCCGACGGUGUCCGUAACCCGGCUGCCGCGUCGCUUUACAAAUGUGUCCUCCGACAUGGUGCCACAUUUAAUAUUAAUCUAGAUUUAUCUAAACGUAACCACAAUCAAAAAAAUGUUACAUUAACAAUGCGCCGGAAGUGAUGUGUCCUUGCAUGGAAGCUACUUCUGCCCGAACGAUUAUUAUUUAAAAGCUUUUAUAGAAAGAAAACUAUAAUGGCGACAAUUGAAACACCCUGCUCCGAGUUCAUGAACUGGGAGGUAGAAAGUUCAACUCGUAACGGAUUAAAACAAGAGAAACAACUAUCUGCUUCGCUGAGAAGAUGCUACAAUCUCUGUAGGAGGAAGUCCUUUGCCGCCUUCGUCGCGUCCGUGAAGGAUGGCUCUGCUGAUAAAGGAAGUGCCUCUUGGUGCUGCUGCGACCAGACCUUCAGCGAACACUCUGCCAUUCACAAGCACGUAGCUAAAAGUCAUAAUGAUGAGGUACAGCAGCUAACACAGGUUGCAUAUGAGCAUCUGAUAAAACAGCUGGAGGAAGAGGCAGAAACACAGCUGGCAAACAGACUCCAGGCAGAAGUAGACGACAUUUCUGAAUGGAUACCAGAUAUCAGCCAAGUCACUGAGGAGCAACUGAGGAACGGCCCUGGGAAAGUUCUUCUCUAUUAUCACUACUGUCAAGUGGAUGAUCCCCAUGCUGUCUGUGCUUGGCAGAAAACUUUAUGUGAGCAGCUCCACCUGACAGGCAAGAUAAGGGUGGCAGCAGAAGGCAUCAAUGGGACAGUUGGAGGUACCAAUGUGGCCACUGAUAUUUACAUCCGAGCAAUGCUCUCACACCCUGUCUUCAAGAUGGAUCCGGAGGACUUUAAGACCAGCGAUGGAGGGGCGGAGUGUUUUACAGACUUGAAAGUCGGAGUCUAUAAGGAGAUUGUCCCUAUGGGUGUGGAUCCAGAUGUUGUUUCCUACAAGCUUGCAGGAGUUCAUCUGGAGCCUGAAGAGUUUCAUAAGGAGGUGGAAGCCCUCUUGGCGGAACGGGAUUCGACUAAAGACACCAUCCUCUUAGACUGCCGCAACUUUUACGAGAGUAAAAUUGGCCAGUUUACUCAGUGUCUGGCCCCAAACAUCCGCAAGUUCAGUUAUUUCCCGGACUACGUGGAUCAGAAUUUGGACCUAUUCCGGGACAAAAAGGUCCUGAUGUACUGCACAGGAGGAAUCCGCUGUGAACGUGGCUCUGCCUACCUCCGCUCCAAAGAUGUAUGUAAAGAAGUUUACCAGCUGAAAGGUGGAAUCCACAAGUACUUGGAGUGCUUUCCUGAUGGCUUUUAUCGAGGGAAACUUUUUGUGUUUGAUGAGCGCUACACUAUCUCCUCAAACGAUGAUGUCAUCUCAGAUUGCAGAUACUGUGGCCUUCCAUGGGAUCAGUAUGAGCUUUGCAGCACCCAGUUCUGCUACCAGCUGGUGUUAUCCUGUCCCAGCUGCAGAAAGGAAGGAUGCACGGCCUGCUGCCCUUCCUGCCAAGCUAAAGGAAACACUCAGCACAAGAGAGCCUCUGACACCCAGCCUCCCAAAGAGGAGUGCGAGUGCACCGACAUGAGGGCCAGAAUCCCUCAGGAUGUCAAAUGAAUUAAAAACUCACUUUAAUGAGUCUUGAUCAGUCCAGUGAUGCAAUGAAAGCUAUGGAAAAUUAUUUGCAGAUUUUAUUGGAAUUUUUGAAAUAGUAUGAGAAAAGGGACAAAAAAAAAGACCAUUUUAAAGUUAUUAA